GUUUCGGAUGCCCAUCGCGUGCGAAACGGAGAUAACGGCUGAAAGCGAGCAAUUUUUCGUUUAUGGCGCAGGUAUAUUUUUCAUUCCCAUUUUUAAAUUACCGAUUGUCGUCAAUCCGAAAGUUAUACGAUGCGAGACGAAUUCGAAUUGCCGCCAGGUGCGCGGAGCUUCUGCUGUAUAUACGCGCAUUUAAACAUGUCUGCGCCCACAAGUGACAACAACAAAAUGCCUCUGUUAAUAAUGACCGGCAUCCCGUGCAGUGGCAAGACCACCAGGGCGAAAGAGUUGAAGGAAUUCUUCGAGGCUAAGAAGGGCAAGAAAGUGGAGAUCAUCAGCGAGGAAGAGGCGAUAACCAAAGCCACUUUUGACAAGAAUACAUUUUACGCUGAUUCGAAAAAGGAGAAGCUCAUACGCGGCGACAUCAAAUCCAACGCGCAGCGACUUCUCAACUCCGACGACGUUCUCAUAAUCGACGGCAGUAACUACAUCAAGGGUUUCAGGUACGAGAUCUACUGCAUGAGUAAACUGUACAAAGCGCCUCAAUGCAGCGUGCAGUGCGACUUGCCAGUCGAAGCUGCCUGGCUGUGGAACGAAAAGAGGCCUUCCGAAGAGCAGUACUCCAGGGAGAUAUUCGACGCUCUUGUUCUGAGGUACGAAGCGCCCGACAGCAAGAAUCGAUGGGAUUCACCGCUGUUCGUCGUCAAUCCCGAGGACGAGCUGCGCUGCGAGGAGAUCUACGCUUCGCUGUACAACGUCAAAGCGCCUAAGCCCAAUCUGAGCACUCAGUCGCCGCCUUUGUCAGCUACCAAUUAUCUGUACGACAUGGACAGGAUAACGCAAGAGAUCGUUAAUGAAGUCAUCGCGGCUAAGCAAUUGGGAAUCGAGAACAAUAUUAAAAUUGCAAAGUACAAUGUAGUGCUGCAGACUUCUGGAAGUGUGCCGCAGCUCACGAAAUUGAGAAGACAGUUUUUGACGUACAGUAAGAUGCAACAAAUUGAGACUGAUCAGAUACCUUCGUUAUUUAUACAAUAUCUUAACAAAAGUUUGUAAAAUAAAGAUAUUUAUUUAU